AUGCCAGACAAUAUCAAAACAGAGGACCUCAGCGCUCAAAACUUCGCCGCGACUUUACAGAAAUACGUUUAUUCCCCUUCCUCCACUUCCCUCAAAUCCCAUAUCAAGGCCUCCCCUUCCACCCCUACUCGAUCACUUCGUUCUAAAUAUCACCCCAGUCCAUCUACCCCGAUAUCGACCCCUCAAAAGCGUCUUCGUCUUGACUCUUCUUUCUCCACGACUUCACCGGACGAACCUCAAACUCCAGACAGCUCUAAAAAGUCUAAAAAGCCUCGACCAUUCGCAAGUCCUGAAGUUUACGCACAUCUGAAACGAGUGGGCGAUAUCCUUCAACCAGAUCUUGAUAUCGUUUUUUGCGGUAUCAAUCCUGGGAAACGGUCUUCUACGGAGGGCCAUCAUUUCGCUCAUCCCACCAACAAAUUCUGGCGAGCAAUACACUUAUCAGGUUUGACAGAUCGUCAAUUGAGUCCUAUGGAAGAUCAUCUUCUUCCUGAUCUAUACAACUAUGGACUAACGAAUUUAGUAGAUCGACCCACUUCUGAGCAAUCAGAAUUAUCUACUUUGGAAAUGCGUCUGAACGUUUUUCAAUUUUCCCAGAAAAUCAUUCUAAAUCGUCCGAAAGUCGUUUGUUUCGUCGGUAAGAAGAUUUGGGAUGUGUAUGAGAGUGUAGUGAGCAAGACUGCUGUAUCGACCUCUCAACCUUCAACUCCAAAAAAACAGAUCAAAUCCGAACCGACAUGGUCGUCGAAUAUCAGUUGUGAAGAUCCAAUCGAAUUAAAUGUGAAAACAGAGAUCAGAGAGGAGACAAAUCUUGGAAAUAGCAUUAGACUCAGAUCCCCACCUUUGACACCCAUAUCUGAUCAUUCCGAACGAUAUCAUACGGCAAAGCAUGAAGAACAAUCGACGACUGUCCACUGGACUCAAUCUCGUAGACUUCGAUUACCUCUUCCUCCAUCAGAUGAAGGUGAAGGGAAAGAAGAAUUCUGUUACUUUUGGGUGGUACCAAAUACCUCAGGUCUGGAACGUACACCGGUAAGAUCAUUCUCUAUGAUCAAAUUGGUGGAACGAUUCAAACGUUUGAAAGAGUUUGUGGGUAUGGUCAAAGAUGGUCGAGCGGGGAAUGAAUGGAGGGAUAUCGAUUUGAUUGGUGUGGAAAGGGCUACUGAGAAUAAGAGACUUGCCGGGGAGAAGAGAGGUAAGAGAUGA